AUGAACGAGCAAGUAAAAGAAAUGUUGAGUGACCGUGUGAUCCGUCCUAGUUCAAGCCCAUGGUCGUCACCGGUCGUUAUUAUCAAGAAAAAGGACGGUAGUCCUCGUUUUUGUGUGGAUUAUAGACGUUCGAAUUUGAUUACUGAACGGGAUGUGUAUCCGCUACCACGAAUUGACGACAUUAUCGACAAAUUAGCGGGAUCAAAAUAUUUUACAACCCUCGAUCUCAAAGCGGGAUACUGGCAGAUUCCCAUUGAUGAACAAGACAAAAAGAAGACAAUCGAUGGCUUGUACGAAUUCAAUGUACCCCAUUUGGUCUAUCCAACGCCCCCGCCACAUUCCAACGCAUAA